AGACUAGAGGAAACCGUAGAGAGACGCUGUGUUUUGUGAGGGACACGUCUGUAGCGAGGAGCAUCUUAUUAAUGAAAACUAUGCUUUUUGUUUAAAUCGAACAUAUUGCCAAGUUUUCUUUUUUUUUUUAAGWGAGAGUUCGGAGUUGAGAGAAACCCCGCCCCUCAGGCACAGCUGCUUUAUCCGAGCUGAAAACCUUGGGAGGAAGAAGAGCUCAUCAUGUCUGGCGAAGAGGCUCCGACCCAGCAGCGGGAAGAACCCGAGCAGCAGGUGAAGAAGGCCGAAGAGCCGAAGCCUGAGCCGGAGAGCCCCGCCGCCGUGAAGCCGGAGGAGAAGAUGGAGGAGGAGGAGGAGAAAGCCCUCUCCUCCCGGGCUCUGGUGCUGACCGGAUACGGGGGCUACGAGAAAAUCAAACUGCAGGUGAAGACCAUGAAGGCGCCUCAGCUGCGGUCCGGAGAGGUGCUGGUUCGGGUCAAGGCGUGCGGGCUGAACUUCGCCGAGCUGCUGGGCAAACAGGGGCUGUACGAGCUGCUGCCCGCCCCGCCCGUCAUCAUGGGCAUGGAGGGCUCCGGGGUCGUGGAGGCGGCGGCGGAGGACGUGAAGGACAGGAAAGUGGGAGAUCGUGUGAUCGCGAUGAACCGCUGCGAGAUGUGGCAGGAGCUGGUCGUCGUACCCGCCAAGCGCACCUACCUCAUGCCUGAAGAAAUGAGUUUCGAGGAAGCCGCCGCUCUCCCUGUGAACUACAUGACGGCUUACAUGAUGCUGUUUGAGAUGGCCAACCUCCGGCCGGGGAAAAGUGUCCUCAUUCACAUGGCUGCGGGUGGCGUGGGCAUUGCUGCGACCCAGCUGUGUCAGACCGUGCAGGAUGUGACCGUCUUCGGCACCGCCUCGGCUUCCAAACACGAGACCAUCAGCCAAGGUGGGGUAACUCACCCCAUCGACUAYCGGACCAAAGACUACGUGACCGAAAUACGCAAAAUCAGCCCAAAUGGCGUUGAUAUCGUCCUGGACCCGCUUGGUGGUUCUGACACCCAAAAAGGCUUUAGUUUGCUAAAACCUUUGGGGAUGCUAAUAGCCUUUGGUGCAGCCAACUGUGUCACGGGUCAGAAGAAGAACCUGCUGGCCAUGGCGAAGACCUGGUACCACCAGCUUUCUCUCAACACCCUGAAACUGAUGCAGAGCAACAAGGCCAUCUCCGGCUUCCACCUAGGCUACAUCACCGACGAGGAGCUCUUUGACAGGACUGUUUUGAAGCUGCUGGAGCUCUACAGGCAGGGGAAGAUCAAGCCGCGCAUCGACUCCUGCUAUCACUUCGAGGAGGUGGCUGAAGCCAUGAAGCGCAUGCAYGAGCGCCAAAACAUUGGGAAAGUCAUCCUCCUCCCUGAACCCAAGAAGAGCGAAGAAAAACCAAAGUCCAACGCAGACGCUGCUGAAAAUGUGGAAAAAAACCAAGCUGUGGCCGGCGAGAAGAAAGACGAGGCCGUAGAGGAAGUUAAAGCAGAAAAGGAUUGAGCGAGAGAGAGUUUAUGUCAAUUAUGUUGUCAACACUUCUCCAACACUUUGGUCAAAUUUGGUCAACAGGAGGAGGGGAAAAAAAAGCAAGAGGCCAUAAAGUCUGUGAUUGUUGUCAGUAUUCAAGUGUUUGUUUUGUUGUGCAAUAUGUCAAUAGUGUCGUGUCUUUUUGGGAACACUUUUUUUUUUUUAAAUAAAGAUUCACUUUUUUCAGAUA